AUGGAUCCUACAUCUGUGUCAGAGAGGGAGAAUGUCACACUGACAUGUAGAACCAAAUGUACACUGGACCCCAUCACAGCCUACAGUUGGUAUAAGAAUGGACAGCCUAUACCAAACAGCAACACCUCCUCUCCUGUCUAUAGCCUAUUCUCAGUCAGCAGUGAGGAUGCAGGCAGAUACUCCUGUGCUGUGGAAGGCCAUGAUGAUCUCCGCUCUCCUGAAGAGACUCUCAAUGUCAGAUAUGGACCAAGGAACACAUCAGUGUCAGUCAGUCCCUCUGGUGAAAUAGUGGAGGGCAUUUCAGUGACUCUGACCUGCAGCAGUGAUGCCAACCCACCUGUGGACAAAUACAUCUGGUACAAGAAGAACGUAACCUCACCAAAAGCAUCAGGACAGACUUACAACAUCCUCAACUUCAGCUAUGAGGACAGAGGAGAAUACUACUGUGAGGCCCAGAAUGGAAGAGGAUCUAUGAACUCUGCAGCUCAGAUGAUCACUGUAGCAGGGAAACAAACCUCAGUUAUGACUCCAGCUGUAGGAAUCACAGUGAUUGUUCUGGUUCUCAUACUGGCUUCAUGUCUCUUUGGCUUCAUGUGGUUAAGGAAGAAAGCAUUCAAAACCACCUCUGACACAAGACACACAGCAGACAUGGGACAGGGAGACUCUAGUCCAGUGUAUGACAACGUCUCAGGCAUGGACAUGACCCCUACUGCAGUACAGAGAGUGGACACAGACGAGCAGGAUGACGUUCACUACGCCAGCGUCCACUUCUCUCACUCCAAAAACCAGGAAGUGCCUCUGUACUCCCCUGUCCAACUACCUCAACCCCAGAAACAGGACGAGGAUGUCCUGUACGCUGCUGUGAAAUUCACCAAGCCUGCGGUGGCACAAGCAGCUGAGGAGGACCCCUCUGUUCUCUACAGUACAGUCAACAAACACAGAACCAGGAAGACCUGAACACAACAAACCCAGAACCAGGAAGACCUGAACACAACA